ACACACAUACGACGACGAGCUCCUCUAGUGGUUCAAAUAGAAACAUCCAAUCUGGCCUAACCGGUUUCAAAACAGCACAAUCUAGUGCAUUACUUGGACAAAAGUCAAAAAUCUGAAGGGCAGUGACAAUGGCUGACCCACAGUGUCCGUCUGAACUGAAACAAGGGAAGGAAGUCAGUCCUAAUCAAGAUGAACUGCUGCUGGCUGCAAACAUCAAACCACAGUCAGAUUCUCACUGUCUUUUGCCUGUGGUACAUCGCCAAAUCGUUAAAUGGAUUCAGUACCAAAGGUGGAUGAGCUGUAUCCUACCCCUCCACCAUUCUUCUUACCAGAUGGAAGUCAGUCAGGGCAAGAUGUGAGAAUCUACCAAAUUCACUCACCUUUCAGCCCUCCACCACCUCCUUCCUUCUCCUUUUCUCCUGGAGUUGGCUGCUCCACCCAAACCCACACAUCUCUAUCAGUGUCUGCGCUCCCCCUGUCUACUCCCAGGCCAAAGUUUGUGGCCUAUGAAAGGGAGCUGUAUCGCUCUCCGGCUCUGACAACAUGCCCUUCUUGUCAGACGCGGGUCACGACCCAGGUCACCUACAAAGUUGGGUUUCAAGCAUGGCUCAUGUGUUUUGUGUUUGUGUUGUGCGGGUUGGUGCUUGGAUGUUGCCUGAUUCCAUUAUUUGUGAACUAUUUCAAGGAUGCCUAUCACACUUGUCCUCGCUGUCAACGAGUUCUGCAUAUACACAGGAAGACAUGUUGUACAUGAACACACAAGCUAAACUACCUAUAGUUUGUGUUUUUUCACCUUAACAGAAGAUUGCAGUAAAAUGUGUGCAUACCUGUCUUGACGUAGGUCAGCAUAACUUUAAAAUAUACCCGUAUACAGUAUGUUUUAAUGUAUAAGGAGAAGAUACGUUAGUUCCUGUCAUGUGAAAUUAAUUUUUUAAUCUAUAUUUAAAUCAUGUUUUGUAACUAUCAUCUCAAAUAAAUGUUUUCUGUGGCAAA